AUGUUAUCCUCACGCACCACACGAUUGUCUGUGAAGUCGGUAGUACCAUUUCGAGCAUUUCUAACUAGUUGGGCGCAUGUUCCUCAAGGACCGCCCGAUGCCAUUCUUGGCGUUACGGAUGCUUUUAAAAAAGACCAGCACCCGAAAAAGAUGAACUUGGGUGUUGGCGCUUACAGAGACGAUAGAGGUAAACCGUGUGUAUUGAAUGCGGUUAGAAAGGCGGAAGAAAUGAUCCUUAAAGAUAAGCUUGACAAAGAAUACCUUCCAAUCACCGGUCUUGCAUCCUUUACCAAAGAAGCCGCGCUCUUGGCUUACGGUAAAGAUUCGGAACCGUUGGGGGAAGGAAGGAUAGCUGUUACACAGUCAAUUUCUGGUACCGGAGCGCUCCGGAUCGGGGGUACCUUUUUAAAUCGAUUCUAUCAACACAAUAAAAAAAUAUUUGUACCGACUCCAACAUGGGGAAAUCAUCACGCCGUAUUCAGAGAUUCCGGAUUGGAAGUUGGACAAUACAGAUAUUAUGAUAAAUUGACCAAUGGUUUAGAUUUCAAUGGCUUCGUUGAAGAUAUCCAGAAUGCCCCCAAAAAUUCCAUCUUUUUAUUACACGCCUGCGCGCAUAAUCCUACCGGAGUUGAUCCAACGCCACAACAGUGGGAUCAGCUUUCUAAAAUUAUUAAGGAACGUAACCAUUUCACUUUCUUUGAUAUGGCCUACCAAGGAUUUGCCUCGGGUGAUACAGAUCGUGACGCCUAUGCGAUUCGAAAGUUUGUCUCUGAUGGACAUCGACUUUGUUUAUCACAGUCAUUUGCCAAGAAUAUGGGACUUUACGCCGAACGUGUUGGUUCCUUUUCAAUCAUCUCCGACAAUCCAAAAGAGAAGGCAGCGAUAGAUUCACAGUUAAAGAUUUUAAUUCGACCAAUGUACUCGAACCCUCCGGUAAACGGGUCAAGGAUCGCAAGCUACGUACUAAGUAACCCCGAAUUGAACAAGGAAUGGUUGGGCGAAGUCAAAACCAUGGCUGAUCGAAUUAUCACGAUGCGGGACAAGCUCAAAAAGCAUUUGGUACAAGAUUUUGAAUCCAAACAUAAUUGGAACCAUAUCACAGAUCAGAUUGGCAUGUUUUGUUACACGGGGUUGAAACCCGAACAGGUUGAACGUCUCACCAACGAUUUCCACGUAUAUUUAACAAAGGACGGACGGAUUUCAAUUGCCGGCAUCUCCUCACAUAAUGUAAAAUAUUUGGCUGAAGCUAUUCAUGAAGUAACAAAAUAA